GAGGAAAAGACAGAAAGUGCAACGUCAGAGUUUAGCAGUAGGGUUCUCCUUUGGUUUGUGGUUUUGGACAAACUCAGUGAUUCCCUCUUCUCAUCCACAUCUCUCUCUCUCUCUCUCUCUCACACACAACAACCAAGUCUAUAUUUUUGUUCAUAUUUGUGUGGCUAUAGUUGGAUUUUUCUUGUUAACAUUAUCAACUUAUAUGAUUUUCAAACUAUGAACAAAAGAAAUGUGGAUUAUUGCUAACUGCACCACCACCUAAUUCAUCUUCACUUCCAUUUAGCACCCUCUCUUGUUUCUUCUACAAUCUCAAAUAAAAAACAAAACUUGUCUCUUGGGUUGGUUCCAAACCAUCACACACACAAACACACCAAACUAGUCUUUGUUCUUGUUCUUGUUGCUUGUUCCUUCUUUUACCUUUCACUACUGUUUUUGGCAAGUUUCUUGUUUUAUUUUUUGUCUUUAGAUCCAAAAAAAACCUUAGCAACAUAAAAAAAAAAAACAAGAUCUAUAUGGUCUAAAACACAACACAAAAACAACCUUAGUUUUCUCAAACUUGUAAUAAUCAUAAGAUGGUAAAAAGUUUUAUGUUCCAACAACAACAGCAACAGCAACAACCUCAGCAACAACAAGUGAUAGAAGAAAACAUGUCAAAUUUAACUUCUGCAUCUGGUGAAGCUAGUGAAAUUGGUACUAGUUACUCUCAAGAACAAUACUUAGCUCCUCCAACACAAACAGUCAAGAAAAAAAGAAACCUUCCUGGUAACCCAGACCCAGAAGCUGAGGUAAUAGCUUUAUCACCAAAGAGUCUACUAGCAAAAAACAGAUUCCUUUGUGAGAUCUGUAACAAAGGUUUUCAAAGAGAUCAAAAUCUUCAACUACAUAGAAGAGGACAUAACUUACCAUGGAAGUUGAAGCAAAGAACAAGUAAAGAGAUAAGAAAGAAAGUUUAUGUAUGUCCAGAAACAACUUGUGUGCAUCAUGAUCCAUCAAGGGCAUUAGGAGAUUUAACUGGAAUCAAAAAGCACUUUUGCAGAAAACAUGGUGAGAAAAAGUGGAAAUGUGAAAAAUGUUCAAAGAAAUAUGCUGUUCAAUCUGAUUGGAAAGCUCAUUCAAAAACAUGUGGCACUAGAGAGUAUAGAUGUGACUGUGGAACCCUCUUCUCAAGGAGGGACAGUUUUAUAACACAUAGAGCAUUUUGUGAUGCAUUAGCAGAAGAGAGUGCAAGAGCUAUGACAAACAUGACAAUUCCAAUUUUACCCUCACAACAACAACCUUCAUCAUCACCAUCUUCUAAUCACAUGAUUAAUCUACAAACCCAAUUCAAUAAUCCUCAAUCACAAGAGCUUAAUCAUGUUUUUCAAUUAAAAAAAGAACAACAACAACAAAAUCAAAAUCAAAAUCAAAGUUUCAACCUUUCAGAAAUUCCACCUUGGCUUGGACCACCUAAUAAUGUUGAUACUAUAUCAUCAACAUCAUCAAUUUUCUCUCAAAAUAAUCACUUUUCAUCACAUAAUCAAGAAAACCCUAACCCUAAUCUUGUUCAUGUUUCUGGGCCCACACUUCCUCCUUACCAAACAGUACCUUCCCCACACAUGUCAGCUACUGCAUUAUUGCAGAAAGCAGCUCAAAUGGGUGCAACAAUGAACAGAAAUGGUUCUGCUUCUUCACCAGCUAUGAAUAUUAUGACCCACCAACUUGAUUCUGAUUCUCUCAACAAUGUCUCUGGUCAUUUUGGUUUGAAUUUGUUGCCAUCAUCAUCAUCACAUGAACAUCAACAAAACAGAACAAGCAAUACUACUACUACUACUACUACAACAACACCAACAACAUGUUUUAAUAUUCAUGAUGUUAUGUUUUCGUCUUCGUCAUCUCCUUCUGGAUUUGAACAAGCACAUUUUGAUGAAAUGUUUAGUGGUAUUAUGAAUUCAAAGAAAGAUGGAAAAACUGUCGCGGAUGACGGUGGUGGUGGAAAUGAAGGAUUGACUAGAGAUUUCUUGGGACUUAGGCCAUUGUCUCAUAGUGAUAUUCUAAGUAUUGCAGGGAUUGGAAACUGCAUGAAUGAUGAAUCUCAAAAGCCAUCAUGGCAAGGUUAGAUUCGUAAAAUACAAGAGUAUUAUCCUACAUAAAUACUAUAUAUUAUGGAUUAUUUUUUUAAUUUUAUUUAUCUUUUAUAUAAUUUUUAUUCUUUUUCA